AUGCCAAUAUGGAAUUAUUGUAAUUAAAUAAAAUAACAUUUAAAUCAAAAACUUAAUAAAUUAAAUUAUAUUCCAAUUUAAUAGGAAUUUCUAAUAUUCUUAUAAUUUUAUGCUAUUUAAUUGCAAAUCUUAAUUGAUUAUCCCAAUAAAUUAAGUAUACAACAAGCAUGCAAGCAAAUUAUUAAGCAGAAUUAGAAUGUAAGUCAUUAACCUAAUAUCUUAGAAUUACAAGCUAAGGCUAUUGAAUUGGCAUAUUAAACUAUUGAGGAAGGUAAAUGGGAAAAGGAAAUUGAACAGGAUGGAGUUGUAUUCUAUUCUAAACCUGGCUCAACAGGAUGGAAGAUCUCAAGAUCUGAAAUUAUAGCUGAGAUAGACCCAAAAAAAGCUGUUGAAGUGCUUAAAGACUCGACAAGAUUUUCAGAAUACAACCACACAGCUCAAGAAAUUAAUCUAAUUAAGAAAAUCGAUGAUACCAUUUCUAUUCAAUAUAUUCUAACCAAACCUAAUUAAGUCUUAUAAUAAUAAAGAGAUAUAGUCACUGUGUCUAAAGCCUCAUCCUUACCUGAUGGUACAAACUUUAUUGUUGCAAAAUCCAUUGAAGUACCUGAAGCACCCGUAAAAGAAGAAUAUGUUAGAGCUGAGAUAAUCAUAAGUUUCUUUGGAUUUAAACCAAUUGCAAAUGGAUAAACCUUAGUGACAAUGGUGUAAUCUUUUGAUCCAAAGGGAGAUGCUCCAAAAGAUUUGUUGAAUAGCUUGGCCAAUAAGGUUGUCAAUUACAAUAAAUUAUUUGUUGAGAAUUUGAAGAAGGCAACCCUUAAAGAGUGA